UGUGACUGGAAAGCCCUAAAAGAACCCUUCUGUUUACUGGGAAGGGUGAAAGUCUGGUCAGCCCUCAACAUCCCUUCCCUCUGGCUUUCAGCUUCUUCUGACCAAGCUGCUCCUCCUGCCAGUACCUCUACACUCCUCUCUGCUGUGCUCAGCUCCCUGCUCUCAGAGAAGAAGACAGACAUUGAUGGACGCAGGGACAGGAGACAGCAACGAAGUGGCCCCUGAGGGCCCACAGCCCACCCACAUCAAUGUGCACAUCCACAAGGAGUCAGCACUGGCCAAGAUCCUGCUGACCGGAUGCUCCCUGCUGCGGCUCCCAGCCUCAGCUACCAGUGCCACCAGCCGGCUGCUGGUGGCUUCCUGGGUGGUACAGAUCAUGCUGGGACUCCUAAGCGGGGUCCUGGGAGGAUUCCUCUACAUCUUCCAGUGCCGCACCCUGUGCACCUCAGGUGCCGCCCUCUGGACUGGGGUCGUGGCUGUGCUGGCUGGAGCUGCUGCCUUUGUGUACAAUAAACGAGGUGGGAUCUGUUGGGCCCUGUUGAAGAUUCUUCUCACAUUGGCAGCUUUCUGCACAGCCGUUGCAGCCAUCAAGAUUGGAGCUGGUAGCUUCCAUGAGUACCGCUAUGAUAUGGGCAGUGAUUACAACUGUAAAGACUCGUACUGGCCCACCGUGCCUCCCAGCACCUCACGUCCUGAACUUGAGAGGCUGCACCUAUGCAUCUCCCAGAUGAAUAUGCUGAAGAACCUGAUUGUAAGCCUUCAGUCCAUGCUCCUGGGUGUGUGGGUCCUGUUGCUUCUGGCAUCGCUAGCCCCUCUGUGUCUGUACUGCUGGAGAAGAUUUUCCAUUAAAAAGAAAAGAGAGCAACCAAAAGAAGCCACUGGGAAGGAGCCGGUACUAGCCUUGCCUCUGCUGGGCACUCACACCUGAAGCUCCUUCUGCUUUGAAUGCCUCUGCAUCUGCCUCCUUGAAGAACCAGAUCAGGACAAGAGACCUCCAGUGGCUGUAGCUGUUUUUCCCUAAGGACCACUGCCUGCUCCAUCUGACCUUGCUUAUCUCUUGCUUGCCUUCAUCCUCCUUCAUGGCCCUUCUUGUGUGACAAUUUGACAAUAAAUGUUUAUGUGAUUGGCCCCA